AUGAACAACAUGAACCAUCAACGAUCGUUCGAUUUCGACGAUGAGCCACAGAUGAUCAAGCUGGACAUUGAGAACGGACAGAGGCCAAGAGGUGGCAGGUAGGGAAAAGCGUAGCUGGUUGGGUUGAAUUGUUGAGAAACGUGAUGUUAGGAUUGCUCUCCGAUUCUAGUCCUCUUAUUAUGAAGUUCCUAGUCUUCAUUCUUAUAAGCCUAUUUUCAUGUCCCAUUAAUUCACUAAUUCCGUCGAAUUCUCCCUGGUUUCGGGAAGGGUUUUGUCUGAAUGGGAAUAGAAUUCUAGGUCUGUAAUUCUAUUUGAAUCAGAGCCGUACUUUCCCGAGCUCUCAAGCUAAGAAUAGGCACAUUUUACAUCUUCAGCACAAAAGACUAGUAUGCUGAACUGACACAAGGAUUUUAGGUAACAUUCGAAAAUGUAGAUUCACUUAACUUUGGUUAACUUCUAUGUAGUAAAACAACCUGUUUCGUGUUGGCAUUCCAUUUCCAAGAAUAUAUGUAUACAUUCUAUUUGAAACAUUUCAAUUCAGGCGAGAAAUCAAGCCAAUCUCCGAAAGUCAACUGAACAUGUUCGCUUGUCUUGUGGCGUAAGUUUUCCUCGUUUUUUCCAGUACUUUCAGUUAUUUAUAUCCUAAUUGGAUUAGGCUAGUUCUCCCAAUUUUCAGCGCGGGAAUCGGCGCUCUCGCCGUCGUCGGUCUCGUCAUCACAUUCUUCGUUUUGGCGUUAAAAUAA